GACUGUGCAAAUAUGCGAUGCUCUUUACUUGUGGUGGUGUGUAGCCUUCCGUUUCGUAUCGCUACUACUAUUUCAUAGAGACUGUCCUUCUCCUUCAUAUUCUCAAAUUCCAACACAAACAAAAAAUAAUCUCUUCUAUCCAAACGCGCGUUAUACCUAAGCCAAACCUUACUUCAUUCCAAUUCCAUUUCCAUGGAUCCUCCUCGACGAGCACCACGCACAAUAAUCGACCCCGUCCCUAAAUUCCGUCAAGUCGGUUUCUUCGCACCUGGAGCCCCACCCGAACGUUCUCAAUCGGGUCCACCCGACCCGACUCACUCCUCACCUCCAAUCCCUAACACAUCCGCUGCUUCCCUCUCUCCCGUUAUGAUCCCUCCGCCACGUCAUCUAUCCGAUAACCUAAUCAUCCACGCUCGUCCUUCCGUCGCGUCGCCUCGACGCGCUGAAUCGAUUAACGUCGGUGGAAGUAAUUGUGACGCACCUGUUUCGCCGGCGCCGUCUUCUUCUUAUUCGAGUAGGUUUGCUGUUGGUGGUGAUAGAAGCUUUUUUGAUGGGAAAGGGAAUAAUGUUGGGAAAGUUGUUGCUUCCAGUUUUCCUCGUGGUGGAUUUGAUUUGACGGCAAUGAAGGUUAAUGCGAAUGUUGUCGUUCCGGCGAGUGAGUUGACUACUGUUUCUGUUGUUAAUGAUUCGCUUGGGAUUCCUGAAAAAGAAAAAGCAAACAAAGGAGGAGGAUCAGCUGGGGAAGUGAAGGACCAUCCAAAUUCAAAACAGCAGAAACCAAAACCCACAAAAGCUGAAAGACGCGCACUUCAAGAAGCUCAACGAGCUGCAAAGGCUGCUGCAAAAGGCGAAGGAAAUAAGGCAUCUGGACCUACUACAUCAGUGAAUGCAAAACCAGCUAAAGCAGUAAAACCUGCCCAGAAAGUUGAUAAUACAGCAGUUGCAGCCUCUGAGAAGAAGGGGGGUGAUUGUCCUCCUGAAAAGGAUAGAAAAAAAGAUGCCCCUCAACCACGCAUGCAGUAUGAUGACCAGAGCCGAGUGGAGAAAGCUAAACGUCGUUCUGUGGUGAAACAGACUGAGGCUAGGAACAGAGUUGAGUUGUUCAGGCAUUUGCCACAAUAUGAACAUGGGAGUCAGCUUCCAGAUCUCGAGGCAAAGUUUUUUGAUCUUUAUCCUGUGCAUCCUGCUGUUUAUAAGGUGGGUUUGCAGUACCUAUCUGGAGAUAUAUCUGGGGGCAAUGACCGUUGUAUUGCAAUGCUUCAAGCAUUUCAAGAGGCUAUCAAAGACUACAAGGUUCCACCUGAGAAGAGUCUUGGGAGAGAUUUGACAGCAAAAAUUAGUAGUUAUGUAUCAUUUCUCAUUGAGUGUCGACCUCUGUCAAUCAGCAUGGGAAAUGCAAUUCGAUUUAUCAAGAGUCAGAUAGCCAAGCUACCUUUAACCUUGUCAGAGUCAGAAGCAAAAACUUCUCUCCAGUCAGAUAUUGAGCGUUUUAUAAGUGAGAAGAUCAUACUUGCCAACAAGGUGAUAGUCAAGCACGCGGUCACCAAAAUAAGAGAUGGGGAUGUUCUUCUAACUUACGGGUCGUCAUUGGCAGUUGAAAUGAUUCUUUUGCAUGCACACGAAUUGGGAAAACAGUUUCGUGUUGUGAUUGUUGACUCUCGUCCAAAGCUUAGAGGGCAACAUUUACUCCGCAGGCUUGUGGAGAAAGGUCUUAACUGUACUUACACUCAUAUAAAUGCGGUUUCCUAUAUAAUGCAUGAAGUUACUCGAGUUUUUCUUGGUGCUGCAUCAGUACUGUCUAACGGAACAGUAUAUUCGAGAGUGGGGACCGCAAGUGUUGCAAUGGUUGCUCAUGCUUCCCGUGUACCAGUCAUAGUAUGUUGUGAGGCCUAUAAAUUUCAUGAAAGGGUACAAUUGGAUUCAAUUUGCUCCAAUGAACUUGGUGAUCCAGAUGUCAUUUCGAAUGUUCCAGGUAGAGAGGAUGUCAAAUACUUGGAUGGUUGGGCCAAUAUUGAAAAUCUGCAACUUCUAAAUCUGAUUUAUGAUGCAAUGCCUUCAGAUUAUGUUUCGAUGAUAGUCACCGAUUAUGGCAUGGUCCCCCCCACAAGUGUGCCUGUAAUUGUAAGAGAAUAUGGGAGAGAACAGGUCUGGAUAUAAAUUAUGCAAAUGCAAAGGCCUGGCAGGAAUGGAUUGUAAGAGAAUAUUGAAGAGAACAUGUCUGAUAUAAGUUAUGCAAUACAAAUGCAAGGGCAUGGUAGGAAUAACUUAUAAAAUUGUUGUAACUCAUAUUUCUGUAUUGUUUUCCAUAUUGGAAUUAUAAGCCUCUUUGCUAUUGAAAUUUUGACAUUUCUGUAUUAAACUGUCCUAGCGAAGAGAGCAUAAAUUUUGUCUCUCCAGGCAGAUUUAGCUAUGCAUUCUCAUUCAUAAUAAUUAUUUUUUCUCUUCUAUUGUUCUUCAAGUUUUGAAUAA